CAUUAACACGACGACAUCGAAGAAGAACGUUCCAACGCGACAUUUUCCGUCAUGUCCGAGAAGAAACGUUCUGUUGCACCGCCCAAAACCCAGAGGAGUCGCAGGGCCUCUAAAGUUGAAGGUUUCGAUGAGCUUCCGAAAACUCUACAACCGAACUUGGGCAAGGACUGGUAUCGCUACUCUCCUGCACGUACUCCUCCGCCUUCCCUCGUAUCGGGGUCGAACCCUUCUUAUGGUGCGGCUACGCCUGGCAUCUACGUAAGGCCUAUGUUCUACUUGCCGUCGAAGCCAUCCGAUCAGCGGUUGGCGUCCAGGAGGGCGUCUAUGGCUUACCGAAAUAUCGAGGACGACGAAUCGCCCGAACGUGCUGUUCCUGCCACAGCGCGGACUCUGGCGCCGAAGGCACCCAAUAAGGUAGCUGGUGAAGCGAAGCGUCUCGAAGAACCAUUCGUUGAGGAACCCGCGGAAGUGGUUGAAGAGCUAAACAUUCUACCUUCAGAUGCGACUCUUGCGGGAGGACACACGGCAACCUGGGGACUGAUGAUAGAGUCUGUAGGAAUUUUUCUCCUGGCCGCGGUCAUAGCUUUCAUAGUCUUUUACUUAAACCACCUGAGGCAGGAUGAUGAAGAUGAAGAUACAUCGGAAGCAGAACCAGCAAGUACACCCUCUGCUAUGGACCCGGACUAUCAAUUUCCCUACGACAGCAUCUCGCCGGCUACUUCCGUACCGCCUCUGUUCUCCUUCGACCCCAAUGACACCCUUUACAGACUCGAGAACCAUACCGUGGUGUGCGUGUUCCAGUCCCGAAGUCAAGACCUCCACGUGUAUAGUAGUGACUACAAGAGCGUCGCUUUUCCCUAUCCGUACUGUCACUUGGCUGUUUACUGUUGCAUGAAGAUGAACGACGGAUAUGCUCUGGUACCUCGGCAGGGAGAACAGCCGGCCUUCUAUCCGUACCCCAUCAUAACCAACUGGAACCCCUACAUCAAAUCUGUCGGCGUCAUAGUCGGUGGAACGCCCGAGGAAGACCAGAGGUUCCGGACGCUCUUCACAGAGAGCACGGCCGAGGCUGGGCAGGCGCGGACGAAUUUCACCGAGAACGCAAGGAAAUGGUGCGAAACCUACAACUAUCACCGGGUGUACCUCUUCUGGUCGUCCCCCGUGGGUAACAUCACCGCGGAAGUGACUGACAAGAUGACGAGGAUGUGGACGGAGCUGUCUCAGUACAACAUCAGCCUAGGCCUGGUAUCUGACCAAAGAGAUUAUCACCUCGCCGCCUACGACUCGGGCCAGCUGAGCCGGUUCCUGGACCCUUUCUCUUUCCUCCUCGUACCGCCGUCCUUCACGGACCAGGAGUUCCAACCAACUGUCCUCACUUACUACGACGGCUUCACUAUCAACAAUAUCACCGGCUUCCUCAGCAACACCACGUCCAACAAGGUGGACACCGCCUGUGUCCUCCUGCCAUCCUUUGCGCUCGAGUCCCAACUAUCCAUCGCAACAGCGACCACCAUUGAGCAAUCCCAACCCAGCAGCGGACCGGGUCCCGCGGGUCCACACACCAGGAAGGCCGGGCACUUAUCCUUCUACGAAACCUGCGACGCUGUCUCCGGAUGUUUGACCUCCAACUUCACUUACUUCCGAUGGUCCUUGUGCGGAAACACGUGGCUUAGUUACCCCGCACCCGAUCUGGUUCACAAUUUCAUCUGCGAGAUCCAGAGGCGAACAGGAUUUUCCUGCUUCGGAGUUUGGGACACGGACUGGGACGAUGUCGCGGAUCAUUGCGGAGAAGGCCGCUACCCGAUGAUGAGGGCGGUCUUCCAUUGGCCGCUACAAUCAUGUGAUCAAUGUAAUAGAAGUGACUUCGCGUGUUGAUUAGUCAUUAUUGUAAGCUCUGUUUUAUAUUCUAAUAACACUAUUGCUUUGC